AAGCAAGCCAAACAAACCCUAGCCUGUGUCUAUCGCGAACAGCAGCAAGGAGGAGGAGGAGCCUCUGUCUAGCCUCCGUCGUCGUCGUCCUCUCUCGCUCUCGUUCUCACUCUCACUCUCACUCGCACUCUUAUUCUCUCUCGCUCUCGCUCUCUCGUCGUCUCUGUCUAGCCUCUGUCACUCGAUCUCAGUCCUCUCUCGCUCAAUCUCACUUUCUCUCUCUCUCUCUCACACACACACACACACACACUUUUGUUUUUUUUGCUCGUUCUCACUCACUGUACGACUAACCCCUUUGAUCUCAGUCCCUCUCUUUUUUUCCUUUUUUUUUGGUGUCUUCUCACUGUACUAGUACCCACUUUUUAUUUCCUCAAUACAACAUCAAGGAGCCUUGUGAGUUACUGGCAAUGAAUGUCAAAUUGGCUUAACAAUUAUACCAGUUAACAGGUAGUGAUAUUGUAGGAUAUGGAUAUAAUUGAAUCCAUCCUCAAUAUUCCUGUGCAAGACCCACCAGGGGAGGAGUUCUCUUCUGCUGCCUUGAAUUGGUCCAAGUUUGGAACCCCUGAACGUCAUGAUGAUGUAGCCGUUAUUCCUUAUGCAAGGGUUGAUGCCUUCAUAAUUGGAGAGUGCUCUAAUGUAGAAUGCCCGACACGGUUCCAUAUUGAGAGGGGAAGAAAACGAUCCAGAGGUAGCUUAAAUGAGUACAAGAGUGAUGAAUAUUUGGAGUAUAGGAUGUAUUGGUGUUCUUUUGGUCCUGAAAAUUAUGGAGAAGGUGGAGGCAUAUUACCAAGCCGAAGAUAUCGACUCAACACCCGAAACCGCGCUGCUAGACCUCAAUCCAUGAGAGGAUGUACGUGCCAUUUUGUAGUGAAGCGUUUGUAUGCUCGUCCGUCACUUGCGCUUAUUAUAUAUAAUGAUAGGUGCCACGUAAACAAGUCUGGUUUUGUGUGUCAUGGGCCACUUGACAGAGAUGCGAUUGGCCCUGGUGCCAAGAAAAUUCCGUACAUAUGCAAUGAGAUUCAACAGCAAACUAUGUCUAUGAUAUAUCUUGGAAUUCCUGAGGAAAAUGUGUUGGAGAAGCACAUUGAGGGGAUAGAGCGCUACUGUGGUUCAAAUGCAAAAGUAAAUAGCCUUGCUUCCCAAUAUGUCCACAAACUUGGGAUGAUCAUUAAGCGUUCUACGCAUGAAUUGGAUCUAGAUGAUCAAGCUAGCAUUCGAAUGUGGGUUGAACGCAAUAAGAAAUCUAUUUUCUUUUAUCAGGAUGCUACAGAAACAAAUCCUUUUGUUCUUGGGAUUCAAACUGAAUGGCAAUUGCAACAAAUGAUCCGUUUUGGUCAUCGCAGUCUCAUGGCAGCUGAUUCAACUUUUGGAAUAAAGAGAAUUAAGUACCCUUUGUGCACUCUUCUUGUGUUUGAUUCAAGACAACAUGCACUCCCUGUUGCGUGGAUCAUUACUCGCAGCAUUGCUAAGCCUGAUGUGUCAAAAUGGAUGAAAGCUUUACUCGAUCGUGUUCGUGCCGUUGACCUUGGUUGGAAGAUCAAUGGGUUUUUAAUUGAUGAUGCAGCAACAGAGAUUGAUCCCAUAAGGCACGGUGAUCUUACUCAAUAUUUUCUAUUUAAAUUUAUCUACAAUGCCAAUGCACUUCAUUUACAUAGCAACUAUUCUUCCAGGGAUACAUUUGCCUGUCCUAUCCUAUUUUCCCUGUGGCGUGUUCGUAGAUCAUGGCUGCGGAAUGUUGUCAAAAGAUGUAGUAACAUUGAAGUUCAACGAGAGAUUUUUAAACGGCUUGGAAAAAUAGUAUAUAGCAUUUGGGACGGAGUGGAUUCCACGGUUGCGUUAGAAGAAUUAACCCAAGAUUUUGUCGAUCAAACUUCCUUUGUGCAAUAUUUCAAGGCCUCUUGGGUGCCCAAGUUUGAAAUGUGGCUUACGACAAUGAGAACCCUUCCUCUGGCAAGCCAGGAGGCAUCGGGUGCCAUAGAAGCAUACCAUGUGAAGCUGAAAGUCAAACUCUACGAUGAUUCACAUCUUGGUGCACUUCAGAGAGUAGAUUGGUUAGUGCACAAGCUGACAACUGAGUUACACUCAAGCUAUUGGCUUGACCGUUAUGCCGAUGAAAGUGAUUCCUUUCAAAAUGUCAAGGAGGAAUAUAUAGCUUCCACCUCAUGGCACCGAGCACUUCAAAUUCCCGAUUCUGCUGUUAUCUUGGAUGAUAAAGACCGUCUAUUUGCCAAGGUUGUGAGCCAAAAAGACAGCAGCUUGACACGUCUAGUGUGGAAUCCCGGAUCAGAAUUUUCUUUUUGUGAUUGUUCUUGGUCAAUGCAGGGAAACCUCUGCAAGCAUGUUAUGAAGGUUAAUAUGAUCUGCGAAAAUCGUCAAGGCUAUCAAGGUUCCAUGUCGUAUCAGUCAUUUAAGGAAAUUUUAAUGAAUCUGUGGAAAAACCCAAUUGAUGAUUCAGUUGGACUGGAUUUGUCAAUAGCAUGGACGCACCAGAUGCUCGACCAAAUUCAGAAACUUGUUGAACUGAACAGUACGAAUGACAUUGGAAGUGUAGUGAAUAAUCUGCCACUGAAAUGGGUUGCUAAGAAAGGUAGAACAUCUGUUGGCAUUGGCAAGACUUCUUCAACUCUGGCUUUGACAUCCAGCGCAAAGAGCAAUGCUGUUGCGCAUAAAAGGAAUCGGAAGCGGAAGAGAUUGUCACGGUUGAGAUGACUAUUCGAGUUGGUAAAUAUUGGAUUGCUUGCUGGACAGAUCAGCCCAUGCGUGCUCAAUUUUAUCUCACAACUCAGUUAUAUGCUUUUAUGAGGAGCAUGGUUCUGAUUUUGUAGCUGGAGAUCUUGCUAGUCAUUAAUUGGAGACAUCUUUGAUCAACCAACAGGUAUGCACGAUGCUGGCACGAAAGAUGCAGAUUUAUGAACCUGAGAUAUGAAGGAAUCAUAGAUGUAUUAUAGGUUUGUUCUUCUUGCACAUUUAUGGGAAAGUUCAACGGCGUAAACUUUGUCAGAGGAUGUAGCAGUUUAUAAUCGCGUCGGGCUUUAGGUAAUUUUGCAGUUGUUGUGCCUCUGGGUUGCUUCGCAACAAUCAUUCUUUUUUCUUUUGUUUUAAUUCUUCUUGUAGUUCUCUAUUUACACAAGUGUUUGUUAGAAAAUAGAAAUGGUCAAAUGAUAGUAGUCAUGUUAGUUUUGAAUCAUCAGUAACAUGUACAGACUAGCUUAUUUGAAUCAUUGUUGGAAUAAUGUUUACUAGAUCGAAGUUAAACAUUUUAGUUGACCAAGUAAUUGCUUUUUUGAAUCAUUGUUGGAA